UGACUCCACCCCAUCUGUGCUUCCUGGCUCACCGGGUUAAAAGGACGCAAACACUUCAUCCUCACAGUCAAAGCAAAAGCCCACGCUCAAAGAGAUUCUUUGGAGAAAACCUGAGAGCUCAUCAACUCUUGGUAAAGAAGGUCUUGUGGAAGCCUAAAGCACAGAACCUCUUGAAACAAACAUGGCUGGUCUUCAGGAAAACAAUCUGAGGAUUGUUCUGGUGGGGAAAACUGGAAGUGGGAAAAGUGCAACAGCAAACACCAUCAUUGGGGAAAGAAAAUUUGUAUCUAAAAUUGCUCCCCACGCUGUUACCAAGGAAUGUCAGAAAGAAGAACGCCAAUGGAAGGGGAGGAACCUUCUUGUCGUGGACACCCCAGGGCUCUUUGACACCAAGGAGAAACUGCAGACCACCUGUGAGGAAAUCAGCAAGUGUGUCCUCUUCUCCUGCCCUGGGCCUCAUGCCAUCAUCCUGGUACUACAGCUCGGCCGCUACACGGAGGAGGAACAGAGAACGGUUGCAUUGAUCAAGGCCAUCUUUGGGGAGCUGGCCAUGAAGCACAUGAUCAUGUUGUUCACUCGCAAAGAUGAUUUGGAUGGUAAGACACUGAGUGAGUUUUUACAGGAAUCAGAUGUGGACCUAAAAAACAUCCUCGAGGAGUGUGGGUCCCGCUGCUGUGCCUUCAAUAACAAGCAGAAUGCAGAUGAAGCUGAGAAGGAAGCUCAACUGCAGGAGCUGGUGGAGAUGAUAGAGAAAAUGGUGUGGGAGAACAGAGAGACUUACUUUUCUGAUGACAUAUACAAGGACGCAGAUGAAAAGCUGAAACGCCAGGCAGAAGCCUUGAAGAAAAUCUAUGCUGAGCAAUUGGAGACGGAAAUUAAACAAACAGAAGAGCUAUGUAAUCAGAAGAAAAUAUCACAGGAAGAUAAAGAGAAAAAAAUAAAAGCCCUAAAGAUGAAGUAUGAAGAACGAAUUAAAGAUAUAAGGGGAGAAGCUGAAAAGAAUAUAUUUGCAGAUAUUGUACAAAGCGUUAAAAAUAUGCUUUUAAAACUAUGGCAUAGUUUUUUCAAAUAGUGUAAAUUUUCUUUUUUCUUUUUAAUUUACCAUCAUUUGUUAAUGUGGUAGAUUGUAUUUUCAAAAAAUGGUUAUAACAGUAUCUUCUAUCCCACCUAUUCUUAUAAUCUGAGCUUGCUUUUCCUUUUGUUGAGUUAUAAAGGUCUGUGCCACUGCCUUGCAAUUCCAUGGACUUUGUGUCUGCUUUAGCAAAUAGUGGAUGGCUAUGACUUCUAAAAUUAGAUAGGGAGGAUGCCUCCUUGCUCUCUGGAAUAUGUUCCCUUGGCCCUUGGCCAUCAUGUGUUGAGGAAGCCCAAGUUGUCCAUUGAAUCCACAUGAAGAGGACAUGAAAUCACUGGCUCACUCCCCUGGUUGGUCUUCCUUCUGCCAGCAGAAACAACUUGCCAGCCAUGCGAGUAGGACAAGAUGGAAGCAGAUUCUCCAGCUGCCAACUGAGCCAUCUCAGGUGAAGCUGCAAAGAGCAAAGAUGGGCCACCCCCACUGCAUUUCUGCCUAGGUUUCAGGAGAAAAAUAAAUGAUUGUUGUUGC